AUGACCUCCGCGCUCCUCCAGUUCGUCUCAGAGAAGGAGGGGUUCAAUGAUGUUAACAUAGCAACCAUCCUUUCCCCGACUAACCAGGCGUGGGGAGCGGCUGUGAGCGGUUACAACAAGACGCUGAACCCCCCCGGCUCGUCGGACAUCAUUCUUGAGGCGCUGCUGGCAGUCAGGGACAGCGGUGGUGCCACUGGCAGGCUGUAUGACGCGUCGUCUGGCGCGCAGAACGUGCUGCUUCGUCUCAUGAAGCAGCUGGCAGUGAACGUCACCCCCAUUACUACCGCCAUCGUCAACGCCUCAAAUGGCAACUCCGUUAAAAGCAUGCUCAACACAACAAUCUAUGCUCUGAACCCCCUCAACUUUAGCUCCGAGUAUUUCAAGUUCAUGAGCUGCAUGCCGCCUGGCGCAUACGGCGCCAACAACAGGUCACUUCCCAAGGGUCUCGCGAACGACACUGACGCCAAGAACGACGGAACGCAGUACGCGUACGGUCGCAUCAUUCGCACGGAGAAGCUUGUCGCGAACGCCAAGAAUCAGACUGUCAACAGCAAGUCGACGACGGACACGGAUCUGAACGACAUCUCCGUCGUCCUCUUCCCUGGAACCGGCCCGCUCAUCGACACGUCUCCCACCGCAGCCAUCGGCUGGAACAACCCUGACAGCCCAGGGAACUCUCUCUCCCCACUGAAGCCGCUCAUGUUGACGCUGCUGCUUCUGCUUGCUGUUCUAGUUAUCUAG